AUGGAGGCCUUGCAAACACGCAAGCGCCGCAGGGAGGAGCUUGGUCCGUCGGCCACGCCGUCAGCAGGCUCGUCGCCCUCGCCACGGACCUCGUCACAGGCCUCGCCCUCGCACCCAGCCGCGGCACGCCCUGUCAAGCGCGCGUGUCUGCUCCCGCAGUGGAAGCCAGGGUCAGUGGCACGAGCUGCAGUCGCUGCAUCACCUCGAGCUACGGCGGCUAAGGUCCGUGUGCUGGUCGGCGAGGCAGUGGAUGAGGUGCUGGCCAUUGGCGAGACGGUCGUUCUGCCGGAGACGUCCGCCGGCCGCGGAGCAGCAGGCGCCACGGGCGGGCCGGUCCUCGGCCUCGCCUGGGCACCGCUGGAACCGGUAGUGGUGGCUGCAGUGGCGCCCGGAGGACUGGAUCCGCCGGACGCGCCGAUGAGUGCAGCCGCCAGCGCCGGCGCAGAGCUGCAGCUGUGGCGGGUGGGUGCGGUGAGCGCGAGCGGGGCCGAGAGCCUGGCGUGGGAGGCGACGGUGACGGUCGGCGGUGGCCCUGUCCGCGUCCUGGCGUUCUGCCCGUGUUCGGCCGGGCCGGGGCGGCUAGGUGUGCUGGCGACGGCGGGGAGCGAUGGGCGGGUGAGGUUGUAUGUGCUCCCGACAGGGCUCACUGGCGAGGCCGCCCUCGAGCCGCUGGUGGAGAUUGCGGUCGACGGUGUGGCGUUUACGUGUGUGGCAUGGAGCGCGGCGUCGCUGUCACUGGCGCUGCUGGCGCUGGGUGGGACGGACGGACGGAUCUACGUGUACCAGAUUCAGUCACUGUCCGAGGCUGCGGCGGCCGAGCCGCUGGUGGUCCUGCCCGGGCACGCGCAGGCAGUGAUGGACCUCGACUGGGCGCCGCUGCAGUCGCCCGGCCUUGUAGCUGCGCGGUCGUUCCGAUCUGGCGCACCGCUCCUAGCGUCGGCCGGAUGGGAUGGCGCCGUCAAGGUCUGGUCGCUGGCUGCGCCGCUGGAGGCGGCAGCGGUUGUGCAGCUCUCGUCGGUUCCCAUCCGGACCAUGCACUGGCUUCCUGUGGUCCCGCCCAAGGCGAGCGGGGGCCGGGGGGCGGCAGCGGUGGCCGACGAGAGCAUCGCCACGCUGCGGACUCAGAUGCGGCUGAAGGAUACAUUUCUCUCGGGCGCCGGGCGGCACUUUGUGCCCGGCAUGGCGGCGCAGCUGUCCGAGGCCUCGUCGCUGGGAAUGGCGUCGCCGCUGCUGGUGGGCAUAGAGAACGGAUCCGUUCUCCUUGUUCACCUCGACUUUAGCGCCAAGAACUGGUCGCGCCAGUACAAGCACGAUGCCGCUCUUGCCGAGCUGGCGGUCUCCGACGAUGGCCUUGUGAUGGCGCUGGCCGACUUUCGUGGGCGGACGGCGACGGUGGCGGGCGCGACGGCCGAGUCGGCCCGCGGCUGCGUCGCACAUCACGCUAUCGCGAGCAUUGUCGACACCGCCAGCAACUCUGUCCGCCUCGUCACUGGAGCCGCCGUCGCCCGCCUUUCCGUCCCGCUGCCUCCAACCCCGAUCUCCGUCGCCGAGUCUGCCAAAUCGGUCGCCUUUGCCCCGACAGACCCGGACCAGCUCGGCGAGCCUCUGGCCGGGCACAUGCUUGCCUCUGGCCUCGGUGCUGGCCUUCUUGUCAUCCAGUGGCUGGCGCUGCCGUAAUUGACCGUCUUGGCCACAUCAUGAACAAACUCCCGGCCGA